AUGGCAUCUUUGACUUUGGCAAACAUCAGUUUCUCCGUCGACCUGUUUAAGAGGAUCAGAGAGAGAAAUGAGACAGGCAAUGUGUUCUAUUCUCCUCUGAGUAUCUCCUCAGCACUGGCCAUGGUCUAUCUGGGUGCUAAAGGCAACACUGCAGCUCAGAUGUCUGAGGUGAGUUUACACAGCUUUUCAUUACACACAGACAUUCACGUGGGCUUCAGCAAGCUCAUCUGUGAGUUGCAAAGAGGGGGAGCUCCAUAUUCUCUGAGCCUGGCCAAUCGUCUGUAUGGAGAGCAGUCCUUCAAAUUUGUUGAGGAAUUCCUGAAAGACACCCAAAAAUAUUAUGGGGCUGAACUGGAUGCUGUGGACUUCAAAUCAAACCCAGAGGCUGUCCGUAAGAACAUAAACGGCUGGGUGGAGAAACAGACUCAAGCCAAAAUCAAGGACUUGCUGAUUAAAGGAAUUGUUUGCCAGGAUACAAGACUCGUCUUGGUUAACGCCGUUUACUUCAAGGGCUUCUGGGAGAACAAGUUUGUGGAACAUAACACUAGAGAAAUUCAGUUUAAACUGAAAAAGAAUGAGACAAAACCAGUGCAAAUGAUGUUUCAGACAGGCCAGUUCCCCUUGGCCUUCAUCCCUGAAGUCAACAUUCAGAUUCUGGAACUUCCUUAUAAAGGAAAAGACCUUAGCAUGCUCAUCAUGCUCCCAAAUGGGAUAGCUGAUGACACCACUGGUCUUGAGAAGCUGGAGAGGGAGCUCACCCAUGAGAACUUUGUAAAAUGGACAAAAUCUCAUCAGAUGAAUCAUGUGGUGGUAGAAGUUGGCCUGCCCAGGUUCAGGAUGGAGGAGACCCAUGACCUGAAAGAUCUCCUGAUCAGCAUGGGCAUGGUGGAUGCCUUUGACCAGCAUAAGUGUGACUUCUCAGGAAUGUCACCCAACAAAGAUCUGGUGCUGUCCAAGGUGGUGCACAAGUGCUUUGUGGAUGUGAAUGAGGAGGGCACAGAGGCUGCUGGAGCAGCCGGUGCCACUCUGACAGAACGAUGUGGCACAGUAGCCCCCAAGCUUUUUGUUGCGGAUCACCCCUUCCUCUUUUUCAUUCGCCACAACCCCACUCAGAGCAUCCUUUUCUGUGGCCGCUACAGCUCUCCUUAA